UUUUGCGUCACCGUGUCGAGGCUAUAAUGGCGGCAGUUGUUUAGCGACAGACCAAAACAACGGUCCUUGUGAGUUUUAUGAAUUUAGAUGGAUAAAUUAAUUCAACCAAGUGUACAAAACUAGAGGGUUACUGAAAUACGUUGGAUGAUUGUCUGGAUUUAGGAGAGUUUAUUGAAAGUUUGCGUGACUCGCUCGCGUUCGCGCUUGAUGACCUUCUAUUGGACGUGAAUGAACGAUUCAUCGUAAAAAAUACAACAAGCUUUACUACCGCACCAGACCGCACGAGACAUGGAUAAACAGAAGCAACGGAUACUUAACCGUAUAUACUCUCGAGUACAAUUCUUUUGAUAAUACUUCUGAGAAAAUGUCGUCAAAAACAGGAUUAAAGAACCAGGUCAGAUUGAAGUUCGUUGCUACCCAUCAGUGAAACCGAAAGAAAGCUGAAAGUGUGAAACAUGCACAGCUCGACUGGAGUUGCGAACCUUUUACAAGACUCGCAUCUUCUCAAUAGAGAUUUACGACCUGCUAGCACAACACCGUAUAGGAGUAGAGCCACAGUAACCAGGACAAGACCGCUUUCUGCUCCACCAUCCCGCCCACCCUGGCGAAACCCAGGGUCACCCGAACCAAAGAGAAGCCGCAAAUUUCAUCUGAGUCUCAACCACACCCCAUUAGAAAGUCGUGUUAGCAAGAGAGCACCCUAUGCUUCACGGCCAUUUUUAGGAGGCUCUACAACAUUGAGUGGACAGGAAUUCUCACCAGCAGUGUAUAACUCCUUGAGUGAUCCACAUUUAAAUGAGUACUUUUCUAGAAAGUUUGGUGCAAGCAGUUCCCUGCAGGAUUCUGGUGUAGCACGGCCUUGCAGGACCAAAAGAUAUGGUGGAACAAAGAAAAAGGGAAAGGGCAUACUAUACACUGUAGUAGUAAAUACAGGACCAAAGAAGAAUGCAGGCACAGAUGCAAGGGUUCAUGUUGAGUUUAGAGGAACCCAAGGAAAAUUUUGGCGGCAGUUGACCCAUCAGGUGGAUGCUGGUGUCCCUGCUGCAUACAUAGCCACUCUGCCUCCAUUCCAGUUCAACCCUGGGUGCAAGGAAACAUUUAAUAUCAAGGGACCUGAUUUAGGGGAACUACGACAACUGACUGUUGAGCAUGAUGGAAAGGAGCGCAAGCAGGGUUGGUUUCUUGAGGAUAUCGAUGUGUCUAAUACCAAGACAGGGCAGAGGUGGAUCUUCCCUUGUCACCAGUGGUUGUCUUUGUAUGAGGGAGACUGUAAAAUUGCCAGACAGCUUAAACCAGUUGCUCACCAGAAAUUGGGAAAAGUUGUUUAUGUCAUUGAAGUGGAGACAGGGGAUAAAGCAGGAGCUGGAACUGAUGCUCAUGUGUUUGUGACAUUAUUUGGCAAGCAUGGACACACCCCCAAGACCCAGCUUGUAAACAGGAACGAAGACACCUUCGAAAGGAAAAGGAAAGAUGUAUUCAAGAUCAAGACCAAAGCCCUUGGCGCCCUCACCAAGAUGAUAAUUGAACAUGACAACUUCGGUUUUUCUGCGGGAUGGUAUUUAGACAAGGUUACUGUGUAUGACCGUGAAUUUCCAGAGAAGAAGUAUUACUUCCCCUGCCACCAAUGGCUGGCGAAAGACGAAGGGGACCACCAGAUUGUGCGCCAACUCACUGCCACCACUGACCAAUCAGCCUCUUCUGAAGGUUAUGUAUACAUGGUCAACACAUACACCGGAGAUCGCCGGGGGGCUGGGACCGACGCCAAUGUCUCCAUCACCAUAUUUGGAGAGGAUGGUGACUCCGGAGAACACAAACUCGACAACGCUAGAAACAACUUUGAACGCGCCAAAAAAGACACGUUCAAGGUUCAUUGUGGGGCUCACUUGGGCCCACUCUCCAAGAUCCGCAUCGGUCACGAUAACUCAGGCCUCGGGCCAGGAUGGUUCUUGGAAAAGGUAACCAUCGAGGACCCCGAGACGAAGGAAGUGGCGGAGUUCACAUGCCGGCGCUGGUUGUCUAAGAGCGAGGAUGAUGGCAAGCUGUCACGUGAACUCGUCAGGGACGGCGCGAAUGGCGACCAGGAGAUCAAACUUGACAAAGGUAUCCCGUAUCACAUCCACGUGACGACCGGCGACAUACGUAAUGCAGGAACAGACGCGCGUGUGUACGUCAUCUUACAUGGCGGCGAAGAGGGCGAAUUAAACAGCGGCAAGAUCUGGCUAGAGAACGACACAAGGGAUAACUUCAAGCGAGGACGCACAGACAUCUUCACUGUCGAGACAGCCACCAUGCUUAGUCCCCUCCACCACCUUACCCUGGGGCAUGACAACUCCGGGCUGGGCGCAGGCUUCUUCUGCGAAAAGGUGGUCGUGGACUGUCCAAGCAGUGGUCAUCAGCAGGUUUUUCUCUGCCGGAAGUGGCUCGCGGAUGACGAGGACGACUGCUUGGUCGAGAGGGACUUGUACGAGUCAGAGGACAUGCGACUCAAGAGAAGACCGAAGGAGGUCUGGAACGUGUGGGUGUGGACGAGUGACGUCAGAGGGGCUGGGACAGACGCCAAUGUAUUCAUCACCAUAUAUGGCGAUAAGGGGAAGACGGACGAGACGCAGAUUGGCAACGCGACGGAUAACUUUGAGAAGGGCGAGCUGGACAAGUUCAAGCUUGAGUUGCCAAAGAUUGGGAAGCCAUACAAAGUACGUGUUCGCCACGAUAACUCGAAUCCGUUCCCGGAUUGGCACUUGGAGAAGAUACAAAUACAGAACGCGCGCAGCGAAGAAAAGUUCACUUUCAAGUGCAAUCGCUGGCUGUCAAGGAGUGAAGAUGAUCACCAAAUAGUACGGGAGCUCCCGGCAGAGGGGCAGGACUUGCCAGUGCACUCGUACCACGUGUUUGUGCACACUGGCGAUAAGCGCGGAGCAGGCACUGACGCGAAUGUGUUCAUCGUGAUCUUCGGCUCCUUGGGGGACACAGGCGAGAGAGCGCUGGAGGAAUCCAAAAACAACAGGAACAAGUUUGAGAGGAAGCAAGUAGACGAAUUCGUGAUCGACGCAGUGACACUGAAAGACUUACAAAAGAUCCGUGUGGGACACGAUAACAAGGGGGGCAGCGCCGCGUGGUUCCUUGACAAGAUAGAGAUACGAGACCCUGAGGACCCAACCAAAACUUACGACUUCCCGUGCGAUAGAUGGCUGUCUAAAGACGAGGAUGAUGGUGCUAUUGUACGAGAGUUAUCAUUAGGAGGCACUAGUCUCUUAAGCACCACGUCCUACCACCUGUCUGUGCGCACGGGUGACGUGCGCGGUGCCGGCACGGAUGCGAACGUGUACGUGAUCAUUCACGGGGAGUCUGGCGAUACGGGCACACUUCAGCUCCGCCUGGCGCAGAACACCAAAAACAAGUUUGAGCGAGGCCGCACCGAUAAAUUCACUUUGGAGGCUGUGGAUAUUGGCAAGGUCCAAAUGUUGCGUAUCGGCCAUGAUAACAGCAAGGCAGGUUCAGCCUGGUUCCUGGAAGAUGUGGUCCUGGAUAUCCCAUCACGCGGCGAUCACGUGACAUUUCCCUGCCACCGAUGGCUCGCGUCCGACGAGGAUGACGGAAAGACUGAGCGAGAACUAUACCCUAGCGAGUACCAGGAAUCUAGUCCAAAAAUCCCCUACGAGGUCGUGGUCUAUACUGGUGAUGUACGCGGCGCAGGAACCAACUCCAACGUGUUCUUGAUCCUGUACGGUGAGAAGGGCAAGUCCGAUGAGUUCCCACUCCGCAAUAAGUCGGAUAACUUUGAACGCGCGCAAGUCGACAAAUUCAAGGUCGAGUGCGAAGAUAUCGGCCCGCUAACGAAGAUUCGGAUCGGCCAUGACAAUGCAGGGAUAGGCUCCGCCUGGUUUCUAGAUAAGGUAGAGAUACGGCGAUUCAAAGACGAGACCAAAGAAACCCCGAAAAAGAAAACAAAGCGCCGCUCGAGUCGCGAUAAGGACGAAGAGGAGGAAGAUGUCGAGUACCUUUUCGUGUGCAACCGCUGGCUAGCCAAGGACGAGGAUGAUGGGCAAGUUGUUCGAGAGCUCGUGCCCGUGGGCGCAGACGGCAAAGCGCGGGCUGGAUCACUAGCGGAAAACACGUACCGUGUCCACGUGUAUACUGGCGAUAUCUCCAGCGCUGGCACAAACUCCAACGUGUUCCUGACACUAUACGGCGAACACGGCGACUCGGGAGAGCAAAAACUCGACAAGUCAGAGACGCAUCUGGACAAGUUUGAGCGCGAUCAUGAGGACAUCUUCUCUUUAAUGUGCAUCAAUCUGGGAAACCUCAGCAAAGCCAAGAUCCGCCAUGACAACAGCGGGCUGAAAAGCGCCUGGUUCCUCGACAGGGUAGAGGUGGAAGACAAGCUUGCUGGAAGUACCACCGUGUUCCCUUGCUGUAGGUGGCUGGCAACGAGUGAAGAUGAUGGCCAGAUCUGCCGAGAGCUGGUUCCAGUAGAUGAGCAGGCGUUUAAGCUCGAGAGACAGAGGUCGAUCAAGCGAAGGAAUACAAUUGGAGGGAGAAAAGGCAGUCAAGUGUCUCUAGUGGAUGGGGUGGAAUUGGAGCAUAAAGCACGCACGACUACGUACGAGGUUUCCGUGGUUACUGGUGACGUCAGAGGCGCAGGGACGGAUGCAAAUGUUUACAUCAUACUCUAUGGCGAUAACGACGACACAGGCAAAAUUCCACUGAAGACGUCCCAAUCCAACAAGAAUAAGUUCGAGCGAAACCAGACGGACGUGUUUCCGGUUGAUGCUAACGUUGGCGAAGUCCGCAAAAUCAGGAUUGGCCAUGACAACAAGGGGGGAUUCGCCGGCUGGUUUCUGGACAGUGUAACCAUCAAUGUACCCUCACUUGGACAGAAGGCGUUCUUCCCAUGCGGUCGAUGGCUGGACAAAGGCAAGGAUGACGGACUACUUGAGCGAGAGCUUCUUCCUGGUGAAGCCGAAGACGUCCAGGCCUACAGACCACAUGUCCCAUACGAGAUCACAGUGUACACUAGCGAUGUUUCUGGUGCCGGCACCAAUGCCAACGUGUUCAUAGCGCUGUACGGAUCUGAAGGCAACACAGAAGACAUUGUGCUUGCUGAUACUUCAAAAAAGAAGAAGAAAACGUUUGACAGGGGCUCAAUUGAUCAGUUUGUCAAAGAGCUGGAGGAUGUCGGUGAUGUCAUCGAGAAGAUCCGUAUUGGACACGACGGCAAAGGUCUUGGCGCCGGAUGGCACCUAGACAAGGUAGAGAUCCGUCGACUCCUAGAUAACGAGGGAAGCUCCUCUACCUUCACCUUCGUAUGCAGGCGCUGGCUAGCAAAGGACGAAGAUGAUGGCGCCAUUGUGCGAGAGCUCGUGCCCCAGAAAGUCGUAGAGGAGGUCGUGACCGAAGACGGGAAGAUUGAGACGAAGGAGGUCGAUCAAGUCACGCUAGAUGUACGUAAAUACCGAGUGCAUGUGUUCACCGGUGACGUCAAAGGCGCAGGGACGGACGCUAAUGUCUACAUGACCAUAUUUGGCGAUUACGGCGAUAGCGGGGAGCGGCAGCUCAGCAAGUCGUCGACCUACACUGACAAGUUCGAGCGCGGACAUGAGGACAUCUUUACCUUGGAGGCGGCCGAUCUUGGCAACGUGUACAAGAUCAAGUUGCGCCAUGACAACUCCAAACUAAACCCGUCCUGGUUCGUGGAUAAGAUCGAGAUUAAGGACAUGGAGACGGACCGCAUGUAUCCAUUCAUCGUGGAACGCUGGCUUGCUAAAGGGAAAGAAGACAAGAAGAUUGAACGCACUUUAUACGUUAAGGGAUAUGAGGGUGACCGUUCGACUUUAGGAACAAUGAGCAUGCGAUCCCUCGGCCGUGAGAGCCCGCGAUCCUCUCCUCGGUCCAGUCCCCGCGGCAGCCCUCAUCACUCUCGCAGGGGAAGCAGAAGCUCGUUACAACAGAGUACCGAGAGUAUUGCGCAUGCCAGGCGCAGCUCUACCGCUGAUGAAGUGUUUGUGAAAGAGCUUAGCGAUGGAGGCAAGAAAACACCGGACGCUAUCAGACCGACGAUCCCGUACACCAUCCGAGUGACGACCGGUGAUGAUCCCGAGGCCGGCACGGAGGCAAAAGCGUACGUCGUGUUCAUCGGAGACGAGGCUGUGACGGAGAAGAUCCCGCUGGAGCUGAUGCAAAAGCCAGGCUUUGAGCCUGGGCUCACUGAGACCUUCUCGGUGGAGGCAGUGGACGUUGGCAAGGUAAAGAAGCUGGAGGUUGGCCAUAAUGGUCAGGGUCUUGGGGCAGGCUGGUUUAUCAAGGAUGUCGAGGUAGACGUGCCGACCCUGGGGGCGAAGUACUUCUUCCCUUGCGACCGCUGGCUUUCCAAGGACAAAGACGACGGCAAGACAAAACGUAUACUGACCGCUAGCGACGACCAGAUGGUCACAUACAAACCACAUGUCCCCUAUGAAAUGGAAGUCUACACAGGGGACGUAAAAAACGCCGGCACCGACUCCCAAGUAUCUAUGACCUUGUAUGGGAGCGAAGGAGCAACACCGGAAGUGACGCUGGAGAAAGAGGAAUCGCGAUUCGAGCGAGCAAACGUCGACGUCAUCAGAACAGAACUAGAGAAUGUCGGGAAGCUGGUGAAAAUGAGGAUUGGAAUAGACGGAAAGGGGACUCGGCCAAGCUGGUUCCUAGAUAAAAUAAUUCUUCGUAACACGGAUACGGGCGCCGUGAGCGUGUUCAAGUGUAACCAGUGGCUGUCCAAAGACAUGGAAGACGGAAAACUUGUGCGGGAACUGGCCUGCGAGACGGAUGGCGUGGAGGAAGACGCCCUUAAAAAGACGACUUACAAAGUGACGGUUAAGACGGGAGACGUGUCUGGGGCAGGCACAGAUGCCAACGUGUUCAUGAUCAUCUUCGGCGAAAAUGGAGACUGCGGCGAACUGGCUCUUAAAAACUCCGAGACGUACAAAGAUAAAUUCGAACGCAAUCACGAGGACGUCUUCGUGUUUAAGAAUGUCUUCAGCUUGGGGGAGCUCUCCAAAGUGCGGAUCUGGCACGAUAACAAAUUCCUGGGCGCCAGUUGGUUCCUGGACAGUGUAGAGGUCCUAGACGAGACCACGGGCAAGAGCUAUAGCUUCCCCUGUCAACGAUGGCUGGCCAAGGACAAGGACGAUAAGAGCCUGUUGCGAGAGCUGCCGUGCGCCAACCCACAGGAGAAGAAAGAAGAAAAGGGAAGCACAGUUUACGAAGUGACAUUGCUGACCAGCGACAAACAGAACGCAGGCACUACCCAAAAUGCCUGGUUGGUGAUGGAGGGAGAGGAGCGAACGUCACGCGAGUUUGUGAUUGAAAACAGCCCUAAAAACAAAGUUCUAAGACGGGGAAACAUCGACACAUUCAAGUUCAAGUCCAAGCCGCUUGGACCGCUGACCUUCGUAACCGUGGGCCAUAGAAAGAAGGAAGGGACAACGGUGAAGGGGACUGGUAAAGAUUCGGCUUGGUUCCUUCAUGAGGUCAUCGUCAGCAAUGAAACCAGUGGAACGUUUGUUUUUCCGUGUCGCCAGUGGAUCCCUCUUAGCAACAAAAAGAAGGAUGCCGUUCAGCUCGAGUGCAAAACGAGCGAAAAGCCGCGACUUUCCGCGCUUAGAGAAUUACAACCCGUUCAGUACCUCGUCGAGGUCCGAACUGCCGAUGAGAAACACGCGGGAACUGACGCAAACGUCUUCCUGACCAUAUAUGGAACUAACGGUGACACCGGCAAGAGACCGCUGACCAAGAAAUUUGUAGACCUUUUCGAACGCGGGAAAACGGACGAUUUUAAGCUUGAGGCCCUGGACCUAGGACAGCUUACGCGCCUGCGCAUCGAGCAUGACAACAAAGGCUUUGGCGCCGGUUGGCUGCUCGACAAAGUUGACGUGACCAACAUGACGUCACAAGAAAAAGUCACGUUUCCAUGUAAUCAAUGGCUGGAUAAAAAAAAGGGAGACGGAAAGAUAAGUAGAGACAUAUUCCCUCUUGCUAAAUGACCAUGACGUCGAAGCUGCCAGCUCAUCUAAAGUUACAGCUAUGAAGUCAUAAAGAUGACGUCAUACCUUCGUAGUCAUAACAUCACGUUGACCUAUGAUAUCACACUACCUAUGAUGUCACACUCGUACCCAGUCGUUAUUUGCUGUUGCGCGGACAUCCACAGGGAUCCUGAACGAAACCGCAUCCUGACCGUCAUGCACCGUGCGCUUCUUUAACCUCACCAAAAUGCAUCGCGCGUCGUCUGGGUACGAGACUGCUAUGAUGUCACAAACACCGUAACAAAGGCCAUGUUCACUUGUGGAAAACAUGACGCCACAAAAUGAAAACCUACGAUCGGAGCAGCUCCUGCUGAACCUAUCUGGUUUAGCUAAGGAAGCAAGUGAUAACGUAACAUUUUUCAAUUAAAAA